UAUUCACAAAUACUUCCAUAUUGCAUUCACAAUCUCAGUGACUACUGCACCUCCAUGGCGUCCCAAGACCCCCCAAUCCCACCACCCCAUGCCUUCCAAAGCCCACCUGAAGCCGCUCACAGCUCGCCCGUGUACGGUUUUGCGGCCAACGUUGUUGACAAGGUGAAAACCAACCUGGUUUUCCGAUCGAAAUGGGCAGAAUUGAACGGAGCGAUGGGAGACUUAGGCACAUACAUACCGAUAGUGUUGGCCCUGACACUAGUAGAUGGCCUUAACCUCGGCACAACAUUAAUAUUCACCGGGGUCUACAACAUUAUCACUGGUGCCAUCUAUGGUGUCCCCAUGCCGGUUCAGCCCAUGAAGUCUAUCGCUGCCGCGGCCUUAGCGGGGACAGGUUUCGGCGUCCCAGAAAUUAUGGCCGCCGGGAUUUUGACCGGGGGAAUAUUAAUUGUUCUGGGUGUCACAGGGUUGAUGAAGCUGGCGUAUAAGCUGAUUCCUUUAUCUGUUGUUAGGGGAAUUCAGCUAGCACAAGGCUUGUCAUUUGCACUGACCGCUGUUAAAUACGUUAGAACAGUGCAGGAUUUUUCGAAAUCAAAAGCUAAGGGGAACAGGCAGUGGCUUGGGCUGGAUGGGUUGGUCUUGGCUAUUGUUUGUUUCUGUUUUAUUGUUAUUAUUACUGGAGCAGGUGAGGAACACAGCGGGGAAAGAGAUGAAGAAACCAAUGGUCAUUUGGGUGAUGAUGAAGAAAGGCCGGCAAGAAAACGAAGAAAUUUCAGAAAAUUUAUCUUCGCUUUUCCUUCAGCCUUUAUUGUAUUUGUGUUGGGUGUGGUAUUGGCUUUUAUAAGAAAGCCUAAACUGGUGCACGACAUCAAAUUUGGGCCGUCUGCUAUCGAAGUAGUUUCAAUCUCAAAGCAUGCAUGGAAGGAAGGGUUCAUCAAAGGUACAAUUCCUCAACUCCCUUUGUCAAUAUUGAAUUCCGUGAUCGCUGUCUGCAAGUUGUCGUCAGAUCUUUUCCCCGGAAGGGAAUUCUCAGUGACAUCGCUUUCGGUGACGGUCGGGUUAAUGAACGUGAUUGGCUGUUGGUUUGGAGCCAUGCCGAGCUGCCAUGGCGCAGGCGGGCUAGCCGGGCAGUACAAGUUUGGUGGCAGGAGUGGUGGGUGCGUGGCCCUUCUUGGCACAGCCAAAUUAAUCUUGGGUUUAGUUAUAGGGAGCUCUUUGGUGAAGAUUUUGACCCAAUUUCCUGUUGGGGUUCUUGGGGUUCUGCUCUUGUUCGCUGGAAUUGAGCUUGCCAUGGCUUCAAGGGACAUGAAUACGAAGGAGGAAUCCUUUGUGAUGCUUCUUUGCACAGCGGUCUCCCUAGUGGGAUCAAGUGCUGCGCUUGGGUUUGUGUGUGGGAUUGUCGCUCAUUUGCUUCUAAGGUUAAGAGAUUAUCGAAAGGGUCAACCCCUUUUAACGUUAUGGAUGCAUGAAAACCCGUAAAAGCCAAAGCUCUUAAAAGCCUUCAGUUUAGCCUAUGAUCACCUUUUCUAGUGUUAUCACAUGCAAAGAUAUGGUUGUGAUUUGUAUUAGUGUAACGCUAUUUUAAUAUAUUGUUAUAUGACUGUCAUAUAAUUCGAUGAUGUGGCAAUGAACCACUAUGACUAAUAUCGAUUGUAUGGGCGAUCAUAUAUAACAAUCUAUUAAAUAGUGAUAUUUCUUAAGUUUGCCUUAGGUUUUACCUUUGAACUGCUACUAGUGAGAUUGUGGUGGCAAUUGGAAUCAAGUAGGGAUCUACUCACAAUCGUGAAUUAAUUCCUUGUUUCCUCCCUGCCUAGUGCCUACAUUGUAGAUUGCCUACAAUGUAUAUAUCAUGUAAAUAUUUGCUUGCUAUGAAGCUAUGAAGAAUAAAAGUAGACAACACUUUUGUAA